GCGUAACUGAAUCUUUCUGGUCAAAGUUCUAAGUUCUAUCCUUGUCUACCACUUCACCAAUUCCAUCCAAUCCCUUCUCUCAAUCUUUCUGCUCCAAGUUCUAAUGUCAGCCUUAGAUCCUCUUCAAGAUACCUUUCUGCAAUGUCUCUCUCUCAACUCUGAACCUUCUUCUCCAAUCUCUGCCGUCACUUAUUUUCCCAACAACCCCUCGUACCAACCCAUCUUGGGCUCCUACAUCAGAAACCUUAGAUUCAACUCUUCCACAAUCCCAAAACCAUCCUUCAUUGUGGUUCCAACUCAUGUGUCCCACAUCCAAGCUUCAAUCAUAUGCUGCAAAAGGCUUGGUCUUGAAGUCAGAAUAAGAAGUGGGGGGCAUGACUAUGAUGGCCUUUCGUAUGUUUCAGAAGCUCCAUUCAUUGUUCUUGACAUGUUCAGGCUUAGAUCAGUGGUGGUCAACUUGAAGGAUGAGACUGUGUGGGUUGACUCGGGAGCAACAAUGGGUGAACUUUAUCAUGUGAUUGCUGAGAAAAGCAAGAUCCAUGCUUUCCCAGCUGGGGUGUGUCCCACUGUUGGUGUUGGAGGACACUUCAGUGGUGGAGGCUAUGGGAACUUGAUGAGAAGGUUUGGUCUUUCAGUGGAUAAUGUUUUGGAUGCUCAAAUUGUGGAUGCUGAAGGGAGAGUCUUGGAUAGGAAAUCAAUGGGGGAGGAUCUUUUUUGGGCUAUUAGAGGAGGUGGGGGAGCUAGCUUUGGGGUCAUUGUUUCAUGGAAGAUCAAAUUGGUUCGAGUACCUGAGGUUGUGACAGUUUUUAGAGUUGAAAAAACAUUGGAACAAGGUGCUACUGAUAUUGUUCAUCAAUGGCAAUAUGUUGCUGAUAAGUUACAUGAUGGGUUGUUUAUUAGAGUGGUUCUUAGUCCAGUGCAAAAAAAGGGUCAGAAGACAAUAAGGGCUAAGUUCAAGGCCUUGUUUCUUGGAAAUGCUGAACAGCUUCUUGAUGUAAUGAAUGAGAGCUUCCCUGAACUGGGUUUGGUUGGUGAACAGUGCAUUGAAAUGAGCUGGAUUGAUUCAGUGUUGUUUUGGUAUAACUAUCCACUUGGGACUUCAGUUGAUGUUUUGCUUCAAAGGCAUGCUACCCAAGAGAAAUUCUUGAAGAGGAAAUCGGAUUAUGUGCAACAACCCAUUUCCAGAAUUGGCCUUGAAGGUAUAUGGAACAAGAUGAUGGAACUAGAGAAGCUUUCUCUCACAUUCAAUCCCUAUGGUGGGAAAAUGAGUGAGAUUUCUGAGCUGGAGACACCAUUUCCACAUAGAGCUGGUAACAUAUAUAAAAUUCAGUACUCGGUGAAUUGGAAAGAAGAGGGUGAAGAUGUUGCAAAUAGAUAUUUAGAUACGAUUCGGAGGCUCUAUGAUUACAUGACUCCUUUUGUGUCGAAGUCACCUAGAUGUUCUUAUCUGAACUAUAGAGAUGUUGAUAUAGGUGUCAAUGGAGCUGCAAGUGCUAGUUAUGCAGAGGCUAGUAUUUGGGGUGAGAAAUAUUUCAAAAGAAACUUUGAUAGACUAGUAGAGAUAAAGACCAUGGUAGAUCCAAGCAAUUUUUUUAGAUAUGAACAAAGUAUCCCAUCACUUGCAUGUGGUAACAGUAGAAUGUCAGAAUAGAAGAAGGCUUGAAGAAGUAUAGAAGCAAGCAAUGUCCUGGAAAACCGACUCAGACUUGAUGCUUGUCUUAAAAUUUAUAGGUUAGAGAAUUAUUUGUAAUGCAAUUGUAGUUUCCCAGUCAGGAGACUUUGUUAAUUUCAAUU